GCACCCUCUAUAUAUAUCGCGAUAUGCACACGCACUUUUUGCUCAACCAACAAUUUUAGUAGCAACAACAACAUGGUAAUGAAAUUGAACAAACGUUUCAAUUGGAUCGAUGUGGAAGAUGAUGUACGACUUUAUGCUUUAUCGCUGGGAAUCUGUUUCCGUAAGAUUCCCAUGGACGAACGACGAUCCAUGUACUGCUUGCCGGUUACUUUAUUCCCAACUCCGAUAGAACGGUCAAUCUUUCAACGGGCACAAAAUUUACAGCCACCAAUAAAUCAAUUGAUUCAUAACAUUUCUAUAAAUCAUCAGUUUCUUGAACAAUCAUUGCUCAAAUUACCCGAUGAAUUUGUAGUCAAAUUAUUCAACAUCUAUGAAACCGUAAUGAAAGAAGGCUAUGCUGCUUCACAUCAGCUGGGCAUUUUCCGAUCCGAUUACAUGAUCGACAAACAUAGAAAUCUGAAACAAGUCGAAGUAAACACCAUUUCCAGUGGUUUUUGUGCCUUGACCGAACAAGUAACAAAACUUCAUCGUUACACGCUCAAACACUAUCAAGGUCUUAGUGAUGAUCAGAUUGAUCAACAUAUUACAACCAACGAUUCAUUGGAUCGUGUAGCACAAUCAUUGAUCGAUGCCCAUCGACUUUAUCCUAAUGCAGAUUCAGCCGCCAUUUUGUUUGUUGUCCAGGAAAACGAGUCAAACAUCAUGGAUCAGAAAAUGAUCGAAUGGAAAUUAAAACCCUAUGUGCAAAUCUAUAGACGCUCAUUUUGUCAACUUGACAAUGGAAUCAUAUCGCUUGGACCAAACAAACAACUUUUGCUUACCCUUGAUCAUGAUAAUGACCGUAUGCAAAUAGAAAUAUCUGUGGUUUAUUUUCGAACAGCAUAUUCGUCCAAUUGUUUUCGGCACGAAAAUUCUUGGAAAUUACGACUUUUAUUGGAAAAAUCACGUGCAAUCAAGUGUCCAUCCAUACAAUUACAAUUGGCUGGUUUCAAACAAUUUCAACCAAUGCUCAGUGAUCGAACCAUUUUCGAUCGCUUUUGUUGCCAUCCGAAUGCCGACCAAUUAUUCAAUACAUACGUCAAAUUCUGGAAUAUCUCUCAAUCGAGUCGUGAUAUGGUUGUGAAAAACCCGUCCGGAUUUGUUCUGAAAUCCAAUCAGGAAGGUGGCGGUAACAAUGUUUUCGGUGAACAAAUUAUUGACAAACUGGACGGAAUGCUCAACAACAACGAAAACAAUAAUGAUGCCCAUUUCCUUAUGGAAUUCAUCCAACAAAAACCAAUUGAAUCCUUAUUGAUAUUAAAACAACUGCCAUCAAAUACGCUUUCCAACACUGUUCCCUAUCAUUCAGUCGACAGUGAAUUAGGCAUCUAUGGCAGCAUAUUGAUCGAAACAAAUGGCAACAACAUUGUAUCCAACCAGAACGCAGGACACUUACUGCGAUCAAAAAUAUAUGGCGAAAAAGAAGCCGGAGUUGUAUCAGGUGCCGGUAUUCUCGACACACCGUUUUUAGUUUAAUGUUAAGAGAGAAAAAAACUUUUUUUACUUUAUUCUUUUAAAAUAAUAGUUUCAUUUUUUCUUAGUUAUGAA